AUGGGCGGCGCCGCCAUGGCCGAUGACGACGACUUCGCCUCGCCGCCGCCCGCCCCGCGCGCGCGGGCGGAAGGAGGAGGCGGAGGCGUGUACCAGGUGGGCGGCGUGCCGGUGGAGUUCCCCUACAAGCCCUACGGGACGCAGCUGGCGUUCAUGGGGCGGGUCAUCGCCACGCUCGACCGUGCGCGGCGGCAGGGGCGCUCCCACGCCCUCCUCGAGUCGCCCACAGGCACCGGCAAGUCGCUCUCCCUCCUCUGCUCCGCGCUCGCCUGGCAGCGGCACUACCCGCUCCGCUCCCCUCCCGCUCCCGCCCCCGAUCCAUUCCUCCACGGCGGAGGAUUCGUCCCCGACAAUACCCAGCCACAGACGACAACAGUCGUCCCGGAGAAGGCUGUCAAGAAGAAGAACGCGCCGACAAUCUAUUACGCGACGAGGACGCACGCGCAGAUAAGCCAGGUUGUCCGGGAGUACCGCAAGACGUCGUACCGAGUGCGCAUGGCCAUCUUGGCCUCAAGGAAGCACUACUGUGUCAAUCAGGUUGCUUGCGCGAGCGACAACAUUGAUGAGCAAUGCAAGUCGCUGCUAGACAAGACGAUUCAAGGUUGCCCGGAAUUCAAGAAUGCUCAGAAACUAAGUCGGCAUCCAUCCCUUCAGAUUGGCGGCUGCUAUGAAGUUCACGAUAUUGAAGAUCUUGUCAGAGUUGGACGGAAAGCAAAGGGAUGCCCAUAUUUUGCUGCACAGCACAUGGCAGAAGCAGCACAAUUGGUUUUCUGCCCAUAUAACUACCUGAUUAGUCCGGUUGUCAGGAGAGCAAUGGACAUCGAUAUCAGCGGUUCCAUCAUUAUUCUUGAUGAGGCACACAACAUAGAAGACAUAGCACGUGAUGCUGGCAGUGUUGACAUCGAUGAAGAAUCACUUUGCUUGUUGCAGGGAGAACUUCAAAACUUGGCCACUGAUGAGGCUGUUGCAAUGAUAUACCAACCCUUGCACGAUAUUAUUCAGGGUCUUAUUGGUUGGAUUGCUGAGCGGGAGGACAAUCUGCAUAAUCAUGAGUUCGGACAUCCCGCUUCAUAUUGGACUGGUGAAAAGGCAAUGAAUGAACUUCAGCGGGCUGGUAUUUCUCCAAUGUAUUUCCCGGUAUUGCAAGAAUGUGCAACAAAGGCGAUUAAAGCUGCUUCAGAUACUGAAUCAGAUGGAUCACACUUGAGUGGUGGUCGUGCUAUGACACUAGAGAGUCUAUUCUCUUCGUUGAGUUACUUUUUUGGUCAGAAAGGGCGUAAUUCGUGUGAUUAUCAGCUUGCUUUGCAGCGUUUUGUUAAAAAGGAAGGCAAUGAUGAAAUUUCUUCAAGAUGCACAAUGAGUUUGUGGUGUCUCAAUCCUGCAGUUGUUUUUCAAGAAAUUGCAGAUCGAACACUUUCGGUAAUUCUGACUUCUGGAACACUUUCACCAAUGGGUUCCUUUACAUCUGAACUUGGUGUCCAGUUUGAGGCUUGCAUGGAAGCUCCUCAUGUAAUUAAUGCUGAUUCUCAGGUUUUUGCAGCUGUGCUAUCAUCUGGUCCAACAAGGCAAAUAUUGAAUGCUAGCUAUAAAACUGCGGACAAUUCAUCUUUCCAGGAUGAACUUGGAGCUUCACUAGAGGAAAUAUGCAGAAUUGUGCCUGGUGGUGCUCUAGUGUUUUUUCCUAGCUACAAGUUGUUGGACAAAUUGCAAGUGCGCUGGUCUCAGACAGGUCAAUGGGCACGGCUUAAUGCUCAAAAACAUGUGUUUGUUGAGCCUAAGGGAAGUAGUGAGGAACUCGAUCCUGUUUUAAAAGGGUACUAUGAUGCAAUCCUUGGUAAGGCUCCUGUCAAGAAAGACAGAGGUGGUUCAAAACAAAUAGUGAAGAAUCGAGUGACAAAAAAAUUGUCACAGGAAUCAGCGAAAGCAGGAGCUGCUCUUCUUGCAGUUUGCCGUGGGAAGGUAUCUGAAGGGAUUGACUUCGCUGAUGACAAUGCUAGAGUUGUGGUCAUUGUUGGAAUUCCUUUUCCAAAUAUAAAUGAUGUUCAAGUAAAGCUGAAAAAGAGAUAUAAUGAUUCAUACAAAUCAUCAAAGCAUUUGUUAAGUGGAAGUGAAUGGUACUGUCAUCAGGCAUUUCGUGCUUUAAAUCAAGCUGCAGGUCGUUGUAUUCGUCAUAAAUCUGAUUACGGAGGCAUAAUUCUGAUUGAUGAGCGAUAUCAGGAAGGCAGAAAUGUUGCCUACAUUUCCAAAUGGCUUAGGAAUGCAAUCAAGAAGUAUGAUAGCUUCCAGGAGACAAUGGCUGAGUUGCAAAAGUUCUUUCAGAAUGCUGAGGAAAAAAUAAAAAUCAAAGAUUGUGGCAUCUUCCCCAAGGUUAAGUUGGAUAGCAAAGCACCUCAAUCUCUCAGUGAUGAUAAAAGAAAGUUGCCAUGGCCAGAAUUGAGUUCCUCAAACCACUCAGUAUCACAAUGUAAUCAGAAGGUAAAGACUGAAUGUCUUAGUCAGAGAGUUCCAAACACUGAUGGUGUGGCGGUAGACCAAAAAGUUAUGGGCAUGUGUUAUACAUCGCCAGAAGUAUCGAAAAUCUCUAUGAGAUCUUCUGUUUUAAUAAAGAAAGAAAACUCUUCAUCACCUGAAAGUCUUCCAAUGUCAUAUCCAUUGCCUCCCUGCAAAAUUCAGUCUGAUUUCGAAGGUGUAGCCAAUACUGGAGCAAAUUAUGGAGUCAAAACAGAAGUUAUAAAUUUGGAGGAUGAUGAUUUUAAACCUCGGUAUGCAGAGAUCACUAUCUUAAAUCCAUUAGAAGACAGGUCAAGGCAACCUACUCUUGUUGAGGAAACUUCUGCAGCGACUCCAGUAGCUAGUCCCAGCAACUAUUCUGAGGUAAACACCUCAGUACGGAUCAACAAUGGAGAUCAGAUUGUAGACAUGCCCAUUUCGCUUUUUUCAACAAAUAGAAAUAUUUCUUCUCUGUCCACACCGGCAGCUACUCCUGAAAGAACCACCGACAAAGACUGUCAUGAGUCUUUGAUCAACAGAAGUGUAAAUUCUCACUGCGAGAAAAAGAGAAGGUUGAGCUCCCCAAUGAGCUGUUGUACUUACACGAUGCGUUCUAGUUCUCCAAGCAAAUCAUUCUGCCACACUGGUUCUGCUAUGCCUGGGGAUGUGAAUAGAAAUUCUGAAUUGUGUUGUAAAAAUAUAGGAUUGUCCAGGUGUGAAAAUGUCAAGCUUGAAAGAAAUUACAAGCCAGAAGAGGUUUCAGCAAAGAAGCCUAUUCAGAAGAAACUUCUUAUAAGUUGCAUUAGAUGCAAAACAGCUCUUGGGUUAGAAGAAGAUGGGUUUCUUGUUACUUGUACACAAUCUUCUUCGUCGAAAUUGUACUUGGCAUAUCUUUUGAGACAUGGGCUGUCUGCUGCUGGCUUCCCGGAGGAUGAUUUUUCAGCAUCAACACCAGCAGAGGUACAAGUAGUGGAGUGCGAAGCUUCUUCACUCAACCAAAAUAUAUUUGGCAAAUUCAGAAACCAGGGCCAUGUUUGGUCUGCAAAGGAUGGAUGUGUGUACAAUGCAAUGACUUGUGCUUUCUGCUCUUCUGAAAACACAUGUGCCAUGGUCCUCGGCGUGCAAGUUCUUGCAACUGAUAAGCUAAAUCAACAAUUGGUGGAAAAGGUGCUCUUGUUCAGUGAUCGUUUGGAUGUACAGUCUGAGCCAUCAAAGGGACAGAUUUCAAGAACUCAGAGAGAUGCUAGUAACUCCAUCUCCCCGCAAUCAGUGAUCGACCUUGAGUCUUUUGCAUAUAAGCCAUUAAAGAAGGAUCCUGUGGCGCUGAACUCAAGAAGGUCUAAGUUCUGCUUGUGA